UCAAACCAAAACUGCCCUGUCCGAAUCAAGCAAACUGUUCAAGGCAAAGCAAAACAGCAAAAGAGAAAACAAGAAGCGACAACACCAAGAAACUGAAGCCACCCAAAUUGCCGCCGCUACCCGCCAACGAUUCCCCCGCCGAUAUUAUCCACAUCGACAUCGCCCGAUUCAUCAUCGCGCCCUUCAUUUCAAUCCAACGGUUCAAAACACCAUCGAUUUCAAUCAUCCUCCACCCUGGAACUCUCCUCCGUUCCCCGUCGCUCCCCAUGGCGCGCUGCCCCCACCACGCGUGCCGCCUGGCGAUCGCCGCCGAGGUGCGCCCCUCCCCUCCGCCGCUCCCGCUCGCCGCGGGUGGGGCCCCUCCCCACUCGCCCCCGCGCCUUCGGCCCCUGCAGCUGAGCCCGUGCCGGGCGGCGCUGCUGGGCAAUCGGAGCUCCGGGCUGCUGGGAUGCGGGUCCUCGCCGCGGGGGAAGGUCCGGUUCAAGCGGCGCUUCGGGUUCUGCGUGUGCGCUGAGAUUCGGAGCGGCUUCUCGCCCGGUUUUGGUUUCGACUCGCAGAAGAUUGGCCACUCUCAGGACACGUCGCAGUUGCCGUGGAUAGGCCCUGUUCCUGGGGAUAUCGCGGAAAUCGAAGCGUAUUGCAGAAUCUUCAGAGCUGCCGAGCGGCUUCAUGCCGCGCUGAUGGACACGCUGUGCAAUCCGUUGACCGGAGAAUGUACUGUUCCUUACGAUUUCGCGGUGGAGGAAAAACCGCUUUUGGAAGAUAAAAUAGUCUCUGUCCUCGGUUGUGUGUUAUCUCUCUUGAACAAGGGGAGAGAAGAUGUUCUUUCUGGAAGGUCUUCUAUCAUGAACUCAUUUCGGGAUGUGAGCAUGAUGGAGGAUGAUGAGCUUCCUCCCCUCGCUAUGUUCAGAAGUGAGAUGAAGCGAUGUUGUGAGAGUCUUCAUGUUGCUCUUGAAAAUAUUGUGACACCUGAUGAUGACCAAAGCCUGGAUGUCUGGAGGAAAUUACAAAGGCUGAAGAAUGUUUGUUACGACUCGGGCUUCCCUCGUGGGGAUGGCUAUCCUUCUCACCUGCUGUUUGCUAACUGGAAUCCUGUUUAUUUGUCCCCUUCCAGAGAGGACCUAGAUUCUGAGGUUGCAUUUUGGAAGGGCGGUCAGGUGACUGAUGAGGGUCUAAAAUGGUUGAUUGAGAAUGGAUUUAAAACUAUUGUUGAUCUAAGGGCAGAGACGAUAAAGGAUAACCUUUAUCAAUUGGCCCUAGAUGAGGCUGUUUCGUCUGGGAACAUCGAACUGAUCAAAAUUCCAGUUGAAGUGGGGACUGCACCUACAAUGGAUCAGGUGGAAAAAUUUGCAUCGAUGCUAUCAGAUUGUGGCAAAAAGCCUAUUUAUCUCCACAGUAAAGAAGGGGUUUGGAGAACUUCUGCUAUGGUUUCUAGAUGGAGACAGUACAUGAGCCGAUUCAAGGCCAAUUCCGCCUCUUCUAAGGAUGCAGCUUCUGAAGCAACGAAUGGCAUUGGAGAUUAUCAUGAACCUCUCGUGGGUGAAGAGGGGAUAUUCUUUGGAAAUGAAGAUGAAUCAUUGAGGAAAAGCUUGGAAAUGGCAUACAGUUCAAAUGGAGCUUCUCAGUGGAAACUCCUUCCCAAUGAGGAUAAUAGCAAAGAGGAUGUCAAUGGGACACAUGGUCCCCUCUGCUCUAGCGACAUUGUGAAAUCAUUAGAAACAGACAUUAAACAUGCAGAAUCUUCAAAUAACUCGUUCAUUAACAUCGAUCCUCUUAAGUCUCAAUUCCCUCCUACCAACAUAUUCUCUAAAACAGAGAUGUCGAGGUUCCUCAAUAGAAAAAAGAUCUCACCUCCUACUUAUUUCAUUAAUCAACCGAAGAAGUUGGAAACAACCCCAGCUUCAAGAGAAGCACUUGAUUGGAGAGCGCAGACAGACGAAUCUGCUAAGGGAAGUCCAGUCUCAAGUUUUGCAGAUUCAGGAAGUCCCAAUGGUUCCCUUAAUGGCAAGAGCCCCUCCCAAAAGCCCCAGAAAGCACCAGCUUAUGACAGGAUGAGUGCCAUAGACGACGAUUUAGAUUCUACUGGUCCAUCUUUUGUGUAUACCACCGUCGGUGUGAAAACUAAUGUAGAUGAGAAUCUUAUGACUGAAACUAUUGUGGAGGAUCGUAAAAGAAAUGCUGAAUCAUCCUUAGUUAGUGGUGAUAAUGGCACGGAAGUUGAGGGGAAUAUGUGUGCUUCGGCCACUGGUGUUGUACGGGUGCAGUCAAGAAAGAAAGCAGAGAUGUUUUUAGUUCGUACAGAUGGUUUCUCUUGUACCAGAGAGAAAGUUACUGAAUCUUCGUUGGCAUUUACUCACCCUAGUACACAACAACAGAUGCUUAUGUGGAAAUCUACCCCAAAAACUGCUCUGUUACUGAAAAAGCUGGGGCCAGAGCUCAUGGAAGAAGCUAAAGAGGUUGCGUCUUUCUUGUAUUACCAAGAGAAGAUGAAUGUCCUCGUUGAACCUGACGUGCACGACGUAUUUGCUAGAAUCCCUGGUUUUGGAUUUGUUCAAACAUUUUACAGUCAAGAUACCAGUGAUCUUCAUGAGAGGGUUGAUUUUGUGGCUUGCUUGGGAGGAGAUGGAGUAAUAUUACAUGCAUCAAACUUAUUCAGGGAUGCUGUCCCCCCUGUUGUAUCCUUCAAUCUUGGGUCUCUUGGAUUUCUCACGUCCCACAAGUUUGAUGAUUAUAGACUGGAUUUGAGGCAGGUCAUUCAUGGGAAUGAUACAGUUGAUGGUGUUUAUAUAACUCUUAGAUUGCGUCUGCGCUGUGAAAUCUUCCGAAACGGGAAAUCCAUGCCUGGCAAAAUAUUUGAUGUCCUAAAUGAGGUUGUUGUUGAUCGGGGUUCUAAUCCGUACCUUUCAAAGAUAGAAUGUUAUGAGCAUGAUCGGCUUAUUACAAAGGUGCAAGGUGAUGGAGUCAUUGUAGCCACACCCACAGGAAGUACAGCUUAUUCAACUGCUGCAGGAGGUUCUAUGGUGCAUCCAAGUGUUCCUUGCAUGUUGUUUACUCCGAUCUGCCCACACUCUCUUUCCUUCAGGCCUGUCAUACUCCCUGACUCUGCUAGGCUUGAGUUAAAGAUUCCGGAAGAUGCGCGAAGCAAUGCAUGGGUUUCUUUUGAUGGGAAGAGAAGGCAGCAACUCUCGAGAGGAGACUCCGUUCGAAUAUCUAUGAGCCAGCAUCCGCUCCCAACGGUCAACAAGUGUGACCAGACUGGAGACUGGUUCCGUAGCUUAAUAAGAUGCUUGAAUUGGAAUGAGAGGCUUGAUCAGAAAGCUCUUUGAAGGUUUCGGAAGCGAGGAGAAAGUUACUACAUUCAAGACCCAUCGAGUCUGGUUAAUGUACAUAUCUGUACAGUAUAUAAGUCGAACAGUUCAUACAAAAUCCCACUUAACAAAGCUACAUACUAAUAAUAAUUCACACCAUAUAGGUUGCCCAUGGAAUUGGGGUGCCAUUCUCUUUUCCUCGUUUCCCUUUUCAAUUUUUGUUUUAAUGGGAAUUGAAUUGGUGUAUAGAAAUAUUCUUUUUGAGGGAAUGAAGAUCUAACCCGGUGGCUUCUUCUA